CUCUCUGAGUCUCCGCCAUCAGCACCCAUGUACAGCAGUGCCUACUCCCAGGUCUCUAAGUGCGGCUCAGCGGCCCAAAAGAUGCAGUACCGCUCAAAGGGCAAGAGCUGCGGCUACUACAUGCGCAUUGUCUUCUUCUUCUCUUCGCUCAUUCAGUCUCUCAUCAUAGUCAGCCUUGUGCUCUUUCUGGUCUAUGGUAAGAGCCAGGACUCAGCUUCCUCAUCGCGUAUACAGGACCUGGAGGAGAGCUUCAGCCGGCUGUCCAUAGAGAAUGUUGCCCUCAGACAUCAGAGGAAGAACCUGACUAACUUACUCAAUGUCACUACAACUGCGAAGACCAAAGUCGAGUGGGACCUGAAAAAAAUGAGGGAGAUUUCCAACAUGUCAUAUAUCAUCAUUAGCGAUCUCGUGUUUAAGAACACACAGUGCACAGACAGUUUGAAUAUGUGUAGGUUAACCUCAGGGACGUGCACAAAUCCUAUAAGAAUUGUUCCAGACAACUUUAACUGCGAGGUGCUCAGGGAACGGCUUCUGUAUGUGGAGUCCAACUACACACGAACAAUUGGGAUGAUGAGGGGGGAAAUAGACCAGAUCAGCAAAACCAGGGACACCCUUAACUUGGAGGUCAUCCGUCUGAGGAGGGACAAAUCUGCAUAUGAACACGAGUUGCUGCUCUUGAGAGAAACAUGCAAAGCAGACUUUAUCAAGUCCUUGAAGGGUAUCCACAAUGUCACCGACGCUUUCCUAAAGAAGAUAGAUUCCCUCUUCCCUAUGCACAUUGCCUUCCAGCUCACCUGCCAGCACCAGAGGGAACACCUGGAGCAGAUCCGCUCUAAUUGCACCAGUCUGUCCAGAGAUGUGUCGACCACGUUCCAGCGCUACCUGGACAGUCUGGGGACAGAGGUGACAGAUAUCCGGGCCAAUUGCAGCAGAUUUAAGGCAGAGAACGGUCGACUGAAUCAGGACUACCGCACGUGCAGCCAUGACCUCACAAAUCUGAUCAAGGCGAACACACAGAAUCUUGAGAAGCUUCGGAAGAAAUAUGACGACGAGAAGGAGAAGAUCCUGGUUGAAAAGCUACAUCUUGUUCAAGAAAUGGAUGUCAUGCAACACAAAGUCAACUAUAAGACUAAAGAGGUUGAACACCUUACGGAGCAAAUCAAGCAGCUCAACAUGUCCUGCAUGUUUAAGGUAAGAAAAUGCUGUGACUGCUUAACUACACUUAACUACAAAUCACACUGCAUGCAAUGGUCUGUAUACAUUUGUGUCAGCAAACAGGUAUUUUUAUGCACAAUCCUUUCUAUUGUUGUCAAUGAUAUACUCCAUCUCAGCAGUAUUAAAAGACAUAGCUAUCGAGGCCAAAGCAGUCCGUCAUGGAACUACAAUACUGGGGGAUCCAGCUCUGCCUCAUCCAGCUCUUUGGGUCAUUCUAGUAGGACAGGGUUAGGGACAGGUUCGAGCUAUAGCUCACCCGGGUCAGGACUAAAUAAGCCAGCAUCAACUGGGCAAGGCUCUUCAAGUUAUGGAUCAACUGGAUCAAAUCCGGGCAGUUCAUAUGGGACAGCAUACAAUAAACCAGCAUCGACUGGACUAGGCUCCUCAAGUUAUGGAUCAGCCGGGUCAAUUCCAAGCCAUAGCUCAGUUGGGUCAGGAGUCAGUAAACCAGGAUCAACUGGAAUAGGAUCAUCAAGCUAUGGAUCAACUAGUUUAAAUAAACCAGCAACGAGUGGUAGAAACACAGCAACCUUUGGGUCCACCGGAUCAAGUCCAAACCUUAGCUCAGGUGGGUCAGGGUUAAAUAAACCAGGAUCAACUGGACUAGGCUCCUCAAGCAUUGGUUCAGUUGGGUCUAGUCCAAACCUUAGCUCAGGUGGGAUAGGCUCAAAUAAGCCAACAUCAAAUGCAAAACCCUCAACAAGCUUAUUCGGGGGUUUCGGAUUCGGCAACAGUAACACAGGACAAAGUAAGCCAGGAAGUGGAACAGGGAGAGGAACAUCAGGUGGAACUGGAUCUUCAUUUGGUGCUGGAAGGACGAUUGGAGGUGGCUCAAACAUCUACGGUCAGCAUCUUCAAGAACUGGGCCGCAUCAUUAACCCCGAAGUCCCACAGGAGAAACAGAGUAUUGCCAGUAUAAUGGGUUAGUCCACCUUCAUGAGGAAAACCAAAAAAGAGAUUUAUGCUCAUAUUCAACUAUGAUACACAGCUAAAUACAAGCUCCUCAUAUUGAUUUCUGAUUUCAUAUAUUGUAUACAGUAUCAAUAAAUGUACAAUAUAAUAUACAUAGUUUAUGACUGUUUAU